AUGGCUGAGUUGAAACAUAAGACACCUGAAAUUGCUUACGAAAAAGAAAAGGCAUCCGAACAUCAGAAUGAAAAGGACGAGUGCAGUAAGCUAACGACACACGACACAGCUUGUGAAAAAAAACCGGAAUCGAAACAGCAGAUUGCGAAGAGCGAGUGCGCCGCGGCACCAGUUCUUACUGAAAAAACGUAUCAGGAGUCGCGUGAUUCAGUCACGGCAGAAGUGAAUGGAGAAAUGUCGUAUGAAACAGCCACAUAUCCAAAUUAUUGGGGCAAUGGUGAUGAUGAAGCCGGGAGUUAUUACCAGUUCGAUGCAAAGAAGUAUAUGGAUUCACUGACUGAUAAAUAUGCAGGUGAGUUAUAUUUGUUGUGCUAUGCUGCAGCACUGGUUCAGCUCUUGCAGUGCUUGGCUUAA